AUGGACACCAAGAAACGGUCGUGGUCCAAGGAAGAAACGUACGCCUUGAUUCAAAUGUAUGAAGGAUUCCCGGAAUUGUGGAAUGUAAAAUCAAAAAUGUAUCGAGAUAGGAUUAAAAAAGAAAAAGCGUUUAAGGCCAUAGCAGAUAAAUUUAAAGCUAGUGUAAGUGAAAUCCAAAGAAAACUACACAACCUCCGUACUCAACAAAAUCAGGAAUGUAAAAAAAUUAAGAAAAGACACAGUAGAGCAGGCGCUGAUGACGUAUACAAGAGCUCUUGGGAAUAUUUUGAUGCUCUCAAAUUUCUGUUUAAUGACGAAAUUUCAAUGGCACAAGGCGAAGAUAAUUUGCACGAAUUAAAAGACUAUCUGGUGUACACGGCAAUGCAAUAA